CUGUGCUGCCAAUUAAAAUAAAUAUUCGAGUGCAGCAAACGCAUUUUCAAUUUGCAAACGCAAUUUGUGGGGCAUAAAUCUGUGCGAGGCAACCCGCCGUCGCCUUGCCGCACACUCAAAAUAGAUGUUUUGCCAAACAUUUUUUUUCAACUGAAACUGAGCGAUAUUUUCAUGCUCCUAGCGCGCCACAAACCAAACAUAUCACAAAAAAUAAAAACAAAGAAAGAAAGAAAUAGGAGAAUAAAAUAUCACAAAGAGACUUUUGCCACAUUUCAUUUGGAAAAUGAGAACGAAAAACGUAAUUGAGUUUUCGCAUUCAAUCAAAUAAUAAUCAAACAAAGAGGAAAAUAGCAAAAAUAAAAAAAAAACGCGUACGAUUGGAAAAGUGCGCGGAAUCGAAUUAUUUAUAAAGCCAAUUAAAUCAUUAAUUAAUUAAUCCGAACGAAAGCGAAAUCAUGUUUGGCUGCAUUUACCAGCUGUGGGAUUGGUUGGAGGCGCCACCGCUCUUCACCGCCGGCACCAUGGAUGCAAAGAAGCUGCAACAGUUGCAGUUGCAGGCGGCAACGGCACAGCAACAGAAGAAGCUGCCGCUGGCCUAUCAAACCAAUCUGAUUGACUAUCGCACAGCGACACACUCGCCCGCCGGCUAUCAUCUGGCACCCCAAUCGAUCUACCAGCAAUCCCCCACGGCCACCUCGUCCAGCGGCGGCGGCCCACUCUCGCCCAUCGAGAUGCAGCCGCAGGCCAAGCACGGCCUGCUCAAGCAUCAUGGCCAUGGCGGCAACUCCAGCAGCUCGCACAGCUCACCCUAUCAUCAGUCGUAUACGAGCAGCGGCGGCACCGGGGAGCAGCUCUACCAAUCGCCCACGGAGCGCACAUACCUAGCGGCCGCCGGUCGCCUGCAGGCGAGCAAUGCGACGGCGGGCCAUCAUCCUAUAUCGGCGCUGCAGGCGCAGUACCAGCAGCUGCAGCAGGCCAAGAUGCAGGCGCAGCUGGCCACGCAGAGCGAGGCGGCACAGCAGCAGCAGCGCACGUUUGCCAUGCGCCAGGCCAUGAAUCCGCCCACGGGCCACUAUCACAUGAGUCAAUCCUCUAGCAUGGUGUCCAACAUGACACUGCAACAACAGCAGCAGCAACAGCAACAGCAGCAGCAACAGCAGCAGCAACAGCAACAGCAACAACAGCAGCAGCAACAGCAGCGGGCGCCACCUUCUACGCUUAAUCUAGCUAAUCAAUAUCAAGCUGCCUCGGGUCCAUUGAAGCUGCAGCAGCAAAUGCCGAAACAUUACCAGGAGCAGCUCUAUGCCCAGCAGCAGCAGCAACUGCAAUUGCAGCUGCAUCAACAACAGCAGCUGCAACAACAACUGCAACAGCAGCAGCAGCAACGUCACAAGCCGGAACAGCAAACGCCUGGCAGCGAGCAUGGACCCGUCUACAUACAGCAGAAUCAUCCCGGUCAUGUGGUUAAUCAGGCCUGUCAGACGCAAAUCUCGACUGUGGUCAAGCCCAAGCCCACGCCCAGCUCGGAGGAGUCCUCAUCGGCCUCCACGCGCAGUCCCACCCAUGCGCCGCUGGAUCGCAAAAAAAGCAUCGGCUCCAUACAGGCGCUCAAAUCUCCGAUUACCAAGCGGCCACCCACCACGCCCGUCACCCUCUCCGGCUGGCUGCACAAACAGGGCUCCGAUGGCCUCAAGGUGUGGCGCAAGCGCUGGUUCGUGCUGGCCGAGUACUGUCUCUACUACUACAAGGGGCCGGAGGAGGAGAAGUUGCUGGGCUCCGUGCUGCUGCCCUCGUAUCGUGUGUCCGCCUGCCUGCCGGAGGACAAGAUUUAUCGCAAGUUCGCCUUUAAGUGCGAGCAUCAGAAUAUGCGCACCUAUUGGCUGGCAGCUGACAGCGCCGAUGCCAUGAUGCAGUGGGUGCGCGCCUUGGCAGCGGCCAGUCUCAUGCAGGCGCCGAGCAGCGGCGAGUCGGAGCCGAGCGUCAGCUCCUCGUUAAAUCACAGCGGCGAGAACUCCGACUCGGGCAUACACACGCUGCAAUCGCAGCCGGGCAAGGGGCAGCUGACGCCCGCCUCGGACAAUGCGGCCGCUGGCAAUGGGGCUCAACCGCUCUAUGCCAAUGCGCCGCCGAAGCCGCGACGCAUCAAUGACGGCGGCUACUCCUCGCCAUCGCCCGAGCACAAUGAGCAGCAGCCGGUGCCGCCUACUCGUCGCAGCGGAGCCACAGGCGGCUCUGCCGGAGCCGGCAGCAUGCUGUCGCCCACGCAGCAGCUGUACCAGCAAAGAUCUCAGCAGCCGCAGCAGCAUCAUGCCAUCUACGAUACGCGCACUGGCCAUGUGUCGACGGCGCUGCAGCUGCAGCAGGCACAGCAGCAAUACUCGCUGGAUCACCUGGAGGCGCAGUUCCAGCAGCAGCAUCUGGACAUGGAGGAGCAGAUUGCACGACUGCAGCAGCAGCGCGCCGUCGCGGAGAUCUACGGCGAACGAGAUCUCUAUAUGGCCAAGCUGAUGCAGCGCGGCGCCUACCCAAAUCAGCAGCAGCUGCAGGCUGAGCGACGCACGCCGGAUGCCUACGGACGCUCCAAGCAGCAGCGCUUGUUCGCAGCCGCUGCUGCCGCCGCGGACUACGAGGACAUCUACAAUAUGUCGCAGCUCGCCGGCGCUGGCGGUGCGCUGUCCGCGCACGAGGCACUGCUGCAGGAGGCGGCCAGCUAUAGGCGGCCUCUCAGCCCGCCCAGCUAUGAUGGCAGCAAGCAUGUGCCGGCCAUGCCACAGCGCUAUACGCCCAACCACAUGGAGCCCACGGCCGCCGAUCAGCUAAUCAAUAACUUGGACUUGCGUGCUCGCACCGCUGCGGCCAUCGUGCGUCCGCACUCUGCUGACUUUUUGGAGUAUGAGGCGCGUGCCGAGGCGGCUGCCGCUGCUGCCGCCGCUGCUGUGGCACAGAGCAAGCAUGAGGCAGGACGCGCUCCACGGCCCAAAUCAAGCUUGGACAUAAAUCGCACACCCGACAGUUUCUACUACUCGGAGGCCAGCUACGCGGAGAAGAUGCGCAAGAGCGCGCUCUACUUGCAGAGCGGCGGCGGUGCUGCCGCUCAGCCACAGCAGGCGGGCAGCUAUCGCACCGCAAGCGGCAUCGCUGGCGAGUUCGGCAACGGGCUGCACACCAUUGGCUAUGAGAAUCCCUAUGAGCGCGCCUACAAGCGCCAGGAGCUGCUGGCCGAGGCGCAGGCACAGGGUGGCGCCGCAUGUAGCAUGCCACGCAUGAGUCGCUCGGCCAGUCAGGGCGCGGGCGGUGGUGCUGCAGCGCGUUCCGUAUCUUCGCACGCACAGCAGCAGCAGCAGCUGGCACAGGCGCAGGCGGAUGAGGAGUUGCCGCCACUUAACGUGCAUCCGGGCUCGAUAUUCCCACCCUCGAUGUCCACGCAAGAGAUAAUCAGCAAGAACGAACAGUUCCUGCGCUCGGCCAGUGCUCGACUGCCCAAGCGCAACGGCGGCCUGGACGAUGACUAUUCCACGGCCAACAAUUCGUUGGCCACUUCGCCCACAGCGGGUGCAGCGCCAUCCCCACAGAAUCCGCUGGAUGGCGAACGCAAGCGCGAGGAGUCCAUGAAACGUCUGCUCGAAUGGAAGCAGCGCAUGCUGCAAUCGCCGCUAACCCGCAAGGGCGUGCAGCAGGGCGGCAGCAAUAUGUCCGCCAUGUCCAAGCUGGGCAGCAAUCCGAACAUAUUGCUCGCCUCGACGGCGGUGGCUAGCGGUGCGCGCUAUGCUCCGCUUGCCGGCAAAACGGGGCUGAUGGCCACGGGCGCUGGUGCCACUGCAACCACGAACGCUGUCGCUGCAACGGCAGCUGGCACCAGCUCCGCGGGCAUUCAGCGCUCCAGAUCGGAAACGCAUGCGAACAUGGGACCAGGCGGCGUCUACAACAGCUACUCCUCGGACGAUGAGGCUGGGCCUGGGCUGGAUGAUAACAUAAGUGUGACGGCAGGAAGGUCAACAACAACAGCAACAACAACAACAACUAGCACACAAAACACAACAACAACAACAACAACAGCAAUGACAACAAUAACAAUAGCAGAGACAACAACUACAGAAACAGCAACAGCAACAGCAACAACUACACUAUCAAAUGUUAGUCUUAGCACAGAUUUAAGCAACUCAACAACAACAACAACAACAGCAACAUCAAAGGAUACAGCAAACAAUCAAACUUUUCAGCUAAAGCCCAUACUCAAGGUGCACGAGGCCAGCCGCACGCCCAUCAUUCAGGUGCAGCCCAGCUUGGGGCAGCAGCUGCCACUUAGGCCCAAGCUUAAGCUGCAACUGCAGCCAGCUGAGGCCGAGCAGCCGGUGCCCAUUCUGCCAAAAAAGACGGCGCCCAAAUCACCGCAGAAUGUUAACUAUGUGCCCGUCUACAGCAACAAGCUGGUCAGCAGCAACUACGAGAACGUGGAGUAUGCCAAGGCGGUCAUCACUGAUGCCGAGGAGACGCCCAUGCUGAUGCAACUGAAGCUGUACAAAGAGCAGCAAGAGCAACAGCAACAGCAGCAGCAACAGUCCGAAGAGGAUUUAACGCCCACAGCUGAGGCAAAGCCUGGACUGGGAGAGGCAACAGCCGUGGAAGCUGAUGAGCUGAAGCAGCAGCAGCAGCGGCUGAUGGAGCAGGCGGAUGAUGAGGACGAUGAGAGCACUGCAUGUGAAGAGUACACAGAUGAUGACAUAGACGAGGCACUGGCACAAGACGAUGAUGACGACGAUGAUGAUGCUGAUGAUGAUGAUGAUGCUGCUGCUGCUAUUGAUGGGGCGCCGCCUGUCAGCGCGGAUGCCAAUUUGCCGAGUGACAAGGAGCUGCAGCAGCUGUAUGUAAAUGAGCCGAUUACCCCCACGGCCACGGAUCAGCAGUUAGAUGAGAGCCAUUAUUUGCCCAUGACGCCCAAGAAGGUGGAGUUGGGCCAGCCGGGCACACUCAGUCUGGUGGCGACGCACGAGAGCUACAACGAGGAGGAAGAGGAGAACCAUUAUGUGGAGAUGACCAAGGGCCUGCACGAUGAGGACAACAGAAGCAACUAUGAGAUUAUGUGCAUAUCCAGCAGCCUGACAAGCAGCAGCAUUAAGCUAGCCCACAACGAGCCCGUCUACAUGGAACUGGCCGGCGUCAAAGCCACAGCCACAGCCACAGCCACAGCAGCCGUAGCAGCUGCAGCCGCAGCAACAGCUGCUGCGGAGGAGGCGCACUGCUCCUCCGGUCGCUCCACGCUGAAGAAGAGCAAAAAGAGCGGCACGGAAACAUUGAAGAAGAAGACCAAGAAACGCCAGGGCAAAGAUAUGCCAGACAUACUGAAGCCUGCCAAGAGCACGCUAGCCAGUGACAGCUCGGAUGCGGAUGACGAGAGCAGCAAACAGCAGCUGGAGGCCAAGCGUUUGCGUUCCCGCACGCGUUUCAGCCUCUCGGAUACCUUCAGGCCUGCCUCGUAUUAUCUGGGCGCCUCCACGCCACUCAACAACUAUGCGGAGAGCUCGGACAGCGAGAUUUUGCCGCCGCCGCCCAUACCCGACUCCCCGCCGCCCAUGGAGGAACUGAAAACGGAGGAGAUCUUCUCCUCGGAGCACUAUGACACGGUGAGGCGACGCGACAGCAAAGUGCAUCUGUCCUAUGAGCAGCUACCCAAGAUGCAUGCCAGCAACACCUCGUUGAAUCUGCCUAAAACUGAGCCCAGCACCACGCUGAAGAGCAGUCGCCUCUCCCUGCCAGAUCACUUCGCCAAGGUGCGUGGUACGCCCGAGCAGCAGCAGCGCCGAGCGACGGCCAGGGCAGCUGGGGCGAGCAGCUCCGGUCUAAUGCUGCUGCAGCAGCAGCACGCGCGCACCUUGUCCGACUCGAACUACAGCUGUCAGACGGACAAGAGCUCAUCGCGCACGUCCUCCGAUCUGGAGCUAUUCCGCAAGCUGCAGCAGCGACCGCCCAGCAACAAUUCGCUGCCCAGCGAGAGCGAAUCCGUUGAGUUUCGUCAACGCUCCGACUCUGAGCUGGAGCGCCAGCGCUCUCGACGCCCGCUCUCCCAGGAGUCGAUCAGCGAAAUAGAAUCGAUGAGCGAACACUUUGAGGAGACGCUGAGCAGCCAUGAGCUGGACACGUAUUUGAGUCAUUUGCAGAGCAGCGAUCUGCUGCCCUACCAAGCACAUGCCACGCCCACGCCACGACAUUUGCUAAAUGAUGCGAGUGCCGCCGCAGGCGCUGACAUCCUCACCAAUCUGAUCAAGCCACCGAAGACGUUUCGCAAUGCGGAAGGCGAUGAGCAGAACUUCUAUGGCAACAUACACUUUCUCUCCUCCACGGACUCCAUACAGCAGCUGGGCAACUUGAGCGUCGAAGGCGCCGUCGGCCUGACGCCCAUGCACAGUCGAAACAAUAGCAAUAUAUCCACGCAAUCGGCGCCAUAUUACUACUCAGAGCUGCCCGCACCGCCGCAGCUGAAUAACCAGCGCGAUAUCCAUGCCCAUGGCCUGAACAUAGCUCACAUACACAAUCCCAUCGACAGGCUGCAGUUCAAUGUGGAUGCACUGGUGAACAAGGAUCAGGCCAUCGACAGCAAGAAUCUGUAUAGUGUGAAGGCGAACGUCGAGAAGCUGAGCUAUAGCUGCAAUAAGAAUCUGAUCAAGUUGAAUAACAUGCAGCUCGAUCAGCUGGAGCAAGUGCCUGCGCCACACAUGGAGCUGGGCAGCGGCGAGGGGAGUGAGGGCCAUUCAUUAAACCCAAUUCAUUCAUAUUUUACAACUACUAAAAACACAAAUCUCGCUCGUAAACUGACUGGUGGUAGCCACGUGGAAGAGGAGGAGGGUCUGGUUACGGGUGCAGCUGAGCUUGAGCUGGACAAGAGAGCGGCGGCAGCGGCAUUAACAGCAGCUACAGUGAACACCACGAAUAACGCCAAUCAACUCUCAGUUUUAGGUGGCGAGCUGCUCUGGGAGGAGGAUGCCUUGUGGCGCGAGAGUCUGCGUCGCGUGUCGCAGCGUCAUGCGCGCUCCUUGGACGAUCUGGAUCGCAUAGCUGUGGCUGCGCCCACUUUGCCCAUACCGACGCCAGCGCCCAUGACCAUGCCCAGCAGCCAGGCUACCAAAACGAAGCUCACUCGUGAGGUGACCUACGUGAACGAUUGCCACAAGCCACCGCCGCGCCUGCCGCAGGCAGCAUCGCCUCCGUCCUCGCCCUCGCCGCCGCCACACGGCGAUGAGCACGAUGUCUAUGUGCAGCUGCUGGCGAAUAGCUCGGCCUUGAGCCAGGUCAGUGAUACGGAUGUGUACGAGGUGCUGCGCGCAGAAACGGGCUCCAAUCUGUCGCACAAGUCGCAUGAGCUGGAUCGCGAGACCAUCCGGCAGUGGGAUGCCAUGUCGAGUGGCCUGAUGAAAAGCAAUAACAAUGCCGAUGCCACGGCCACGCCCACGCCCAGAACGCCCGCAUCCACUGGCCCAAUGCUGCCGCUGACGAGCAACGUGCGUUCCAUCAUACAGCAGCUGAAUGGGAACAAUGAUGUCAAUGGCAAUGGCACUGGCAGUGCCUCGAUUUCGGUGCGUAAUGUAAACAAUUUGCCCAAAGGUAAUCUAACUGUCAAGCCGGAACCAACGGAUGCACUGCAUCUGCAACAGCAACAACACGAAUCUGCAUUUGCCCACUAUGAUCCCUACUAUGGCAACGCGGCGGAAACCAAAUAUGCCAAGGCCACAGUCCUGACAGAUCGUGGUCUGUACGGGCGUUCAGCGGCCAUGGCCACAUCGACGCCACAGCAACAACAACAGCUGCAGUUUGGCAUGCGUCGUGCUGGCAGUCGAGCUGAAAUUGAUAUGCUGGAGCGUGAGACGAGCUCACAGAUAAGGAAUCGACUGCGCGGCGCCGAGGGACUGACGCGUGCAGAGAGCAUACAGCGUUUGGAUUACUUGAAGCAACAUUUGCUGGACUUGGAGCGGCAGUAUGAGAAGAGCAAGCCGCUGGUCAAUCUGGUGGAUAAUAUGGUCAAGCUGGGCUCGUUGUAUCGCAACGAUGCCAAUGGCCGUGCUCAGCCGGCGACAAUGGAUCGAGUGGAGUUCAAUCAGCGCAUGCAGGAGCGUCAAAUGCUGCAGGAGGAGCAGAAGCAAUGGGAUCGACUCAGUCCUAAUCAGGCGGAGCUACAGGCCAAGGUGCGUGAGCUCUAUCAGCUGGAUCAGCUGUUGCAGGAGGAGUCGGGCAUAUUGCAAAGCCUGCAGCGUGACAAGGAGGACUUGGAGCGUGCUUUGGGCGGACUGCGGGCGCGCAUACAUGACAACAAUGCCACGCCCAUGGCUCUGGAGGCGGCCAAGAAGCAGCAGCAUAUACUGGAGCGCGAGCUAUCGCGGGUGCAUCAACUGCUCGCCGAGAACUCUAAGAAACUGGAGCAAACAGUGGCAGGCAAUGCACGCCUGGAGCAGGAGCUGCUUACACUGCGCCAAAAGGUGCAGUCGACGCGUAGCAAUGGCGCCAACAGCGAUGCCAGCCAGCUGAAUGGCAAUCAGACGGCAGCUGUGCUGCAGUCGGAGCUGGAACGGGUGCAAUCUCUGGUCGGGGAUAUGCAGCGACAGCGGCAUGAGCUGAGCUCGGCCGUGCGACAGUUGACAGAGAACUCGACGCGUUUGUAUCAGGAAAUUGGCAACAAGGAAUUGAGUCCAACGAACGGCGCAGGCACCUCGAAUGGCAGCCUCAAGAAGCGCAGCAAUUCGACCAGCUGGACGGAAACCGAUCUGGAUGCCAAUAUGCUGCACAAUGGCAGUCAGCAGCAUCUGAAUGAUUCCACUCUGAACCUAUCGACUCCGCUCUACGUGGACACCAAUAGCAGCGCCAAGUUGGCCGAUUACAAUCGGUAUAAUGGCAGCAGCGAUGCGCUGGAGCUGAGCGGCGUUGAUAGCGACGGUUUUCUGGACAGCAAUCCCUUUGCCAAUCUGAGCAAUCUGGAGAAGCAGGAGAUCAAAACGGUGCGCAUUGUCAAGCGGGAGUCGGAGCGGCGGCAUCGCGAUCGCAGCGAGCGUGGCUUAAGCAAUUCCACACAGAAUCUUGACCAGGUGCUGGAGGAAGAGCAGUAUGCUCAGCAGCAGCAGCAGUAUGCCCAGAGCCUGGACGAGCAAAUGAGCAAUGGGCAUCACAGCCGAUCCAAGUCGCUGCCGCGCAGCUACAACGAACCGCCAAAGCCCAGGCAUAGUCGGCACAUGAAUGGCAAGCAGAACGGACACCACUUCAAUGGUGGCUCCGACUACGAUCGCAACAGCAACUAUGAGCAUCAGGCGCCGCCGCCGCCAGCGCCUCAAAGCAAUGGCCAUCACCAUCAUCAUCAGCAGCAGCAGCGCGAGCAUCUGAAUCCGUUGGCCAAUGCAUACUUUGCCAAGCAGCUGCAGCAGCAGGCGCAUCCCACUCGGGACAGUGCACGCGUUGCGCUGCGCACCAAGACCGACUCUCUGCAGAGUCUCAACAAGAGCUUGACCGACAUUAGCCCGGAGCCAGUGUUCCAGAGCGUGGCCGCACGGCAGAUCAUUAACGAAAUGUCCGCUGGCUCGGCCUCCGAGGAUACCGAGAAGAUUGUGGAACGUGUACCACCGCCACACAAACAUCGACGCGCUGUGCCGCGCGAGAAGCGACGCCACUACACGGCGCCCAACAAUGUCAACCAGAAGGCCAUGGAGAAGGUGCAGGCCGAGAACGAUAUGAAUCGCAAUAACACCAACUGGCGUGCACGUGAUGAUCUGGACAUGGAGGUGGCGUUGCGUCCACGCAUCAAUGCGCCCGAUGUGGUGCGCUCGGCCUUGGGCCAGGGCGAGAAGAUCUCCGAGAAUACCAUAGACAAUUUGCUACUGGCGCCCAAUAAGAUAGUCAUACCCGAGCGUUACAUACCAGAAACAACGCCCGAAUUGUCGCCUGAGGAGAAGAAGCGUCGUCAGGAGAAAGUGGAAUCCAUUAAGAAGAUGCUCGCUGAAGCGCCCAUUAGCAGCAAUGAGAACGAGACGCUGCCUGCCAGCAAGAUCAAUGCGGAGAAGAAGCAGCGCGAGCAUUUGCUGCAGCUUAAUCAAAUCUUGGCCCAGCAAGUCAUGCAAGUCAGCAAAAUUGUUGCCGGCAAUCCCACUAGUCACAACUAACUCCAUUUUAUAGCCUGUCGUGUUGUUUAUGUUUUUGUUUUUCCAAUUGUUCACAUUUUUUUGUGUUACUUGUUUGA